AUGGAAGUUCAGAAGUGGGAAGUUGAGGAGAUUUCUUCAGAUGGCUUCAGUGUGCUCUGUGAAAAAAACCUGACUAAUCUUAAUCUUGGUAAAUGUACACUUGGUUCUGUACCUAACACUUAUCAGUGGCCAGAAAAGGUCGAAUAUGCAAAUUUAUCCAACACAGAAGUAUACAGUUUAACCCACAGUGUUUCCCAGCCACGAGGCAUAGUAGCCGUUAGCAGAUCUUUUAUUUUGCCACAAUUUAAAGAACUUGACCCUUUCAGGUAUGUGCUGAAGACACAACCAGAUACUUCCUUCUGGAAUAAUACUUUCUCUUCAGAGCACCCUGAUUCUUUUCACACACUGGAGGCUCUGGACGCCGGUGGUAACAAUUUCCUUUGCUCCUGUGAUUUCCUGUCGUUCACGCAGGAGCAGCGAGCGCCGGUCCAGAUCCUGAUCGACUGGCCGGAGAACUACCUGUGUGACUCUCUGUUCUCUGUGCGCGGUCAGCAGGUUCGGGACACGCGUCUCCCGGCCUCUGAAUGCCACCGGGCCGCUCUGGUGUCUGCCGUGGUCUCUGUCCUGCUCCUGCUGCUUCUGCUCACGGGGGUCCUGUGCCACCGCUGCCACGGGCCGUGGUACCUGAAGAUGAUGUGGGCCUGGCUCCAGGCCAAAAGGAAGCCCAGGAAAGCGCCCCCCAGGGACCUGUGCUACGACGCCUUUGUGUCUUACAGUGAGCGCGAUGCCUACUGGGUAGAGAACGUGAUGGUCCAGGAGCUGGAGCACUUCGACCCUCCCUUCAGGCUGUGUCUUCAUAAGCGGGACUUCAUCCCCGGCAAAUGGAUCAUCGACAAUAUCAUCGACUCCAUCGAGAAGAGCCACAAGACCAUCUUCGUGCUGUCUGAAAACUUCGUGAAGAGCGAGUGGUGCAAGUAUGAGCUGGACUUCUCCCAUUUUCGCCUCUUUGAUGAGAACAACGAUGCUGCCAUUCUCAUUCUUCUGGAGCCCGUUGGGAAAAAGGCCAUCCCCCAACGGGAAGUGUUUGAGUUGGAGAAUAAUUCUAGUUUUUAA